AGGUUGCGGCGGUAGCAGGAGCAGCUGCGGCGGCGGCAGAGGCAGGAGGAGGAGGAAGAGGCGGCGACCUCUGCUUCGAUCCAUGAUGGCGGCAGCUGAAGUAGAAGAGGCCUCCUGAGCUCUACUUCGCGCAGAAGUUCCGACCAUGCACAGCUUGGCAACGGCCGCGCCUGUGCCAACGGCACUGGCUCAGGUUGAUCGAGAGAAGAUUUAUCAGUGGAUCAAUGAGCUUUCCAGCCCAGAGACUCGUGAGAAUGCACUGCUGGAGCUAAGUAAAAAGCGAGAGUCUGUCCCUGAUCUCGCUCCAAUGUUGUGGCACUCUUUUGGUACAAUUGCAGCUCUCUUACAGGAAAUUGUAAAUAUCUAUCCAUCUAUAAAUCCACCAACUCUGACAGCUCAUCAGUCCAACAGAGUCUGCAAUGCUCUGGCACUUCUGCAGUGUGUUGCAUCGCAUCCAGAAACAAGGUCAGCCUUCCUUGCUGCUCACAUCCCUCUCUUCUUGUAUCCCUUCUUGCACACUGUCAGCAAGACUCGACCCUUUGAGUACCUACGACUCACAAGUCUUGGAGUAAUUGGGGCCCUGGUGAAGACAGAUGAGCAAGAAGUAAUCAACUUCUUACUGACAACAGAAAUUAUCCCUUUGUGCUUACGCAUCAUGGAGUCUGGCAGCGAACUUUCCAAAACGGUUGCUACUUUUAUUCUACAAAAGAUCUUAUUGGAUGAUACGGGGUUGGCUUAUAUCUGUCAGACUUACGAACGAUUUUCUCAUGUUGCAAUGAUAUUGGGUAAAAUGGUCCUGCAGCUUUCCAAGGAGCCUUCUGCCAGGCUGCUGAAACAUGUGGUCCGUUGUUACCUCCGCCUUUCUGAUAAUCCAAGAUGUAGGGCACGGGAAGCCCUCAGGCAGUGCCUUCCUGACCAGCUGAAAGACACCACCUUUGCCCAGGUUCUGAAAGACGAUACUACCACCAAGCGUUGGCUGGCACAGCUGGUCAAGAAUCUGCAGGAAGGCCAAGUCACCGACCCCAGGGGCAUCCCCCUUCCUCCACAGUGACAGCCAAGGAGGUGGCAGAACCCAGGAGGAAACAGCUCAGGUUUACAGAGAGCCAGGAACCAAUGACCUCUUCCAGAUCCUGUCAGGCAUGGUUGGGCAGCUCCUUGGACUGUCAGUAGCUACCUGGACUGCAGGCCCUUUCUAUAGCAACGUCUCACCAUGCCUCUGAGGAUUAUGACACCAGCAAACACAGUUGGGACAGAGAAGCCCUCUUUUAGGGUGGGCUUUGUUGCGAUGAUCAGUUGAGUACCAAGCUGGGCAGUGCUGCUACCAAUGGCGUAUCUACCUUUCUGGUUCAGUGCGGCAGGCUUGGGAAGUAUUCCUCAGUUUCUUUGUUAUUCAGUGUUUACAUGUAAGUUCAAUAAAGGUUGGUCUGAUCAUUUGACCCUCUUAGGAGUACCUUUUGAGCUGAAUCUAGCUCUAAGCAGAGGAAGCCUGUUUCCCUUUUUCCAACUGGGAAUUGCGCUUUCAUAAGAGAAGCCCCACUGAUCCUAAAAAAAAAGUUCAGCAUUUGGGGCUGAAGCCCAAUCUCGGGGGGAUUGGGACAGGGAUGAUAACAUAGUAUAUCCACAAGUUCUUAAAGGAUUGUUCCUGGUAUGUCAGAAGGCAGAGACUUCCUGGGCUCCAUUCCUUUGGCCACACAUUAGAACAGUCCCUGCCUCUGUGACUGUAUUUGAACCAGUGUCAAAUGUUCUAUGGAUUAUCCUCCACCACGUAGUCAGUAAGAUCCAGAAUGCCACCAAAACAUUCCUUCAGCAUUCAAACUGUGCCAGAGGAAAAAGUUGUUGCAUAGAUGCCAUGGCCGGCAAGCCAUGUGGCCUUCCACUUGUAGCAGCCCAUGCUUCUAGUUAGGGUAGGGUUAACCCUAAGGGUGAACAAAACAGACAGGGACCAAGAGCUAUUUCAGGCAGUCGGUAAAGGCUGCAGGUAUUUCAGCCUUGCUGGCUAGUGCUGGAAAGCAUAAUGGCUGCAAAACGCAAGGGCUCUCAUGCUCUUUAUCUUAUCCUUCCCCUGCUACCAGGCUAAGUGCAUCCAAUUUAUCACCUUGAACCUGCUCCUGUUUGUUGGCGUCUGCGAUGGAUGAGGAGCUAUUAAGCAGUCAGCAGAGACAGCCUCUCCCCUGCCCUCUAAAUGAGAGAAGCAAACAAAAAAAGGGGGGAGGGAGUUCUGAGGGAGGGGGAAAUCAUCCAAGCUGUUUGUCAGUUGCACAACAAAGCUGGGAGCAGGUGGCUUCUGGUCCCUUGCCAGAUCCCUUGGCCUCAGCACCUGCUGCUGUUUUGGGUAGGAAUCUUAUCUUCUAUUUCCUCUCUUUUCUUUGCUGAUGGCUGGCCAUGCCAUGCCAAGGGUGUCUUACUCUUCCCUCUCCAUGGACUGCUUUUGCUCUUACAGCGGCUCCAUUUUAUAACAGCCUUGUUUUAUCCAUCCCUGCCUUGAGUGGACUUUACCAACUGCUUUCUGUUUUGUAACUUGAAUAAAAAAUAAGCCAAAUGAAUCUGGAUCCUCUUUGACUUAAAAUAAUGGCUUGGAAGAAUGGCAGGGAGGGUUGUAGACAUUACCAAAAAUGUCCUCUCAAAGCCUUUUAUCACUGGGCAAUAUAGCAUUUCCCUCCGGUUGAGCUGUGCUUUUUGCCCAGAGAGCCCUUAGCUGUUGGGUUGGAGUGAGUGUCACUAUGCUGGGUAGAAGUUCACAACUUUUGUGUGUGUGUGCGUGUGCAUGUGCUGCACAUAUAGCCUAUAUUGGUAAACCAAGGUGGAGUCGCAUGCUUCUGCUCAGCAACUGCUUUAUUUUGAGAACCAUCGUCCUGGACCUUUCUUCUACCACCUGUGAUUGGAUUAAAGACUUUCUGAGGGAUCGCACACAAAUAGUGAAGAUAGGGCCUGUUACAUCUACCUCUCUGAAGCUCAGCACUGGCACCCUACAAGGAUGCGUGCUGAGUCCCUACCUGUACUCGUAUACAUAUGACUGUAUUUCAUCUGAUCCAUCCACUGUAAUUAUUAAGUUUGCAGAUGAUACCACCAUAAUGGGUCUAAUUCAGUGUUUCUCAACCAGUGUGCCUCCAGAUGUUUUGGGACUACAACUCCCAUCAUUCCUGACCACUGGUCUUGCUAGCUAGGGAUGGUCUAAUUACAGGUGGAGAUGAAUCAGUGUAUACAGAGGGAGGUUCAAAAUGUCUCAACGUGGUGCCUAGAGAACAACUUGCACCUAAAUAAGUAAGACAAAGGAGAUGGUGUUGGACUUUUGGAGGAAGAGAGGGGAACUAGAUC